GUCUACCAUACAUCCAUACUGCUUGUGGCAUGCGCUAGUCGCGCUGUUGGCUUGCCACACGUUCACUUCUACGCUCUCAUCGCAGCGCUGCUUGGUCUCGGCAAAACCGGAGCAAGCCUAUGUAGAUCGGCGCUGGAUGACAUCGAAAUUGUACGCACCCAACCGCGCGAGAUCGGGUGUCCACAGCAGGAGGGUUCAACCGCAACCACCCCACGCUGACUCUCUCGCUCGCGCUCGGCCAUGGAGCCCAACAGCAAUGCCAACACCAAAACGCCAGGAGGCAGGUCGCCGGCGGGGGUCUAUGGAACCUUGGGCGAGCCAGCAGAGCUGUCGGUGAUGCGGGUGAACCAGCUGGAUGCCGGCGUGCUAGAUACGGAGCUGCACAGCUUGUUGAAGACUCAGCUCGGCCGAGCCUGUUCGGGGCUUCCUGCGGGGACGCUGGAGCGCUUCAAGCCCGAGGUGGACGCUCUGUUCAACCUGCUGAUGUUCCGCUUCACGGUCUGGGUGCACCGCCCGACCCCGGGAAUGCACCUGCAGGGUCUCAGGUACCGUAGCGAGGGCGGUCGAACCGCGGGGCCCCCUUCCGCCACCGCCUCAGGCGGUUCUGCUACUGCUGCUGCUGCUGCUACUGCUGCUGGCGAUGUUUCUUCGCUCGCGUCGGGGUGGGAGGGGGGCGAUGGAGGGGCGUUGGGCCAUGGGGGGCCUUCGAACACAGCAGAUGGGAGUUCUGUGGGAACACGCUCGCCGGAAAGAGAGGGAGGCGCUUCGUCAACAUCGACUUUCCCGGGGUUGGCGUCUACGGCGCCCCUCCCCUACUGGGGGGACGCCGCUCCCACCCGGGCGCAACGGCUUGUGCACGGGCUGCUUAGCGUCGGAGUACAGUGGGGGUUUGCGAGGCUGCGGCGGCACGGACUGAUUCACGGGUGGGGCGGGGAGGACGCGGGGAGAGCGCGCCGAGUGGCCUGGCAUGUCCUGGGUAGGCUGGAGACUCUGUUUCGGUUGGCGUGGAUGGUGAACCUGCUGCUUUUCCUCAAGAGCGGCAAGUACGCUACGCCGGUGGACCGCCUGGUGCGGAUGCGCAUGGUUCACGACCGCGCAGACCCGGGGCCUCGGCCAAUCAACUACCAGUUCCUUAACCGCAGGCUACUCUGGGAUCACUGGGCCAAGAUGGCCUACGUCGUGGCCCCACUCAUCAACUGGGGCUUCGUGAGGAGAGCAGUGUCGGGGGGGGCGGGACGCUUGAGAAGAGAAGCCCGCGCGUUCGGCAUAUUUGGGGGCAGCAGCGGCGGCGCCGGCAGGGUUUCGGCAAGAGGGCUGGGGGCCGAUACUGCUCCUGCUGCGGAAGCAGCGGUGGCGGAGGUGGUGCUGACGGCGUGCGCGGAAUGUGGAGCCAACCCGGCGAAGACUCCUUACGUGACGGGGUGCGGCCACGUAUUCUGCUACUACUGCGCGAGGGUGGCUUGCACGGUGGACCCCCGAUACGCCUGUCCGCGCUGCGGGGAGUACUUCGCCACAUCCCGUCGAUGGUCCCAGCCGCGGUGACCCCGCACGGGCUAAAUACAGUAAAGAUCCCUGUUUGGUGCCUGUUGAAUAUUGGCUGUGUCCGGUAUAGUGCCGGUGCUUUACGAGGGCACGCACUGAAUUUCCAACAGACACUCUCAAUACUUUGAACAGCGCCGGCCCGGUAGUGCCCGUGAUUUUCUUGGCGCAUACAGACACUAAAGAGGGAACUGUACUGCACUUCCUGUUCCCGUUGCAUAAGCGUUGUUGGAUGGUGGGGACGUUAUACGCGCGCACCCGACUGCUUGUGUGCGCAGACUUGCUUUGCGUUUGCGGCUGUUGUACGAUCUUAGUGUUGGGCUAAGCAUGCGAUCUCUAGCCGUGUUUGUAUGUGCGUUACCUUAGAGUUGGUUCCAGACUGGCUAUUUUUUCCAGCAGCAUGAUUUGUGGUGUGCUUUGUUGAUUGCCCCGUUGUUGUCUCCAAAUGUAUUUAUUUAUCCAUGUCGGUGGAGGUAUCAAGUUUUGUGAUCGCGGCAGGGAAACGAGAGUGUCUCUCUCAGCCCUCAUCAUAGGUGAGUUGUUCGUGUUCGUAAGUGUGUUUUGGCGCUGUUCGACGGCUCUCUGCAUUAGUAUGUCGAACGACCAGGCAACACCCUAUGACGUGUGCCGUGGGACGGCACACCAGCGAAUAUCUACUUGCGUGCAUCGGCGGAGACCACUCG